ACGUCAAACAGGAAAUUGUUCUGUUUAGGUCAUCACACAAUCGAACCAACAAAACUUGGUUUUGUGAGAGCCGAAACCCUUCACUCUCUUCACCAACGGCUCAGGAGUAGUUGGGAGGAAGCUGACAUCGUGGAUUUUUUUUCUUUGCAUUGACCAGGGCAAUUCAGAACUGGAGUCACUAAAAGUCAUUUGCAAACAACUGCCAAAGUGGACAACAGUGAAAUGGAUUCAUACAGGGAGUUACCAAGAACUGCCCAAAUUCGCCUUGUGAGUUCGCACAAAGAGGUUUAUGAACCAUGUGAUGAUUCUUUUGCACUGGUUGAUGCUCUUCUAGCUGAUCGUAAUAAUCUGAUGGAGCAUCAUCCAUCUUUGUGCAUGGAGAUAGGCUGUGGUAGUGGAUACGUUAUUACAUCCCUAGCUCUUAUUCUCGGGCAGGAAGGUCGGGGCAUCAACUAUAUUGCAACUGAUAUCAACCCACAUGCAGUGAGAGUAACCCUUGAGACUAUGGAAGCACAUGGGGUUGAUGCCGAGUUGAUAGUAACGGAUAUUGCAUCAGGAUUAGAGAAGCGUUUAGCCGGGUUGGUUGAUGUUAUGAUUGUGAAUCCUCCUUAUGUGCCUACCCCUGAAGAUGAAGUGGGUGGUGACGGUAUUGUGGCAUCUUGGGCUGGUGGCGAAAAUGGCCGGAGUGUAAUUGAUAGAAUUUUACCCGUUGCAGACCAUCUUUUGUCAGAAAAGGGAUGGUUGUACUUGGUCACCCUCACUGCAAACAAUCCUUCUGAGAUAUGCCUUCAAAUGAGAAAGAGAGGAUAUGCUUCCAAGAUUGUUGUCCAAAGAUCAACAGAGGAAGAAAGUCUCCAUAUCAUCAAGUUCUGGCGUGAUUUGGAUAGUGAAGUAAAUGAAGACCAAUCUGCUUCUGGGUUCAUAAGCUCCUUGCUUGCACAAAUUCCUUUUUUAUCACAUUGGCGAGGCAGCAACGGUGACGAAAGUGUUGAAUGAGAAAGUAAUUUCUUGUCUAGGAGUGCUAGGAACACACUCUAAUACUUCUAGUUAUUGGUUAUAAUUUAUUGAAAAUUAAAAAAAUACGAGAGUGAAUCAUUAAAUCAGGAAUGAUAAUUAUAAAAUUAAGGAGUUUUACACAAUUUUAAUAAAUUUUAAUCAAUAGUUAAGAGUGUUAGAAAGUGUAUUACUAGCAUUUUUCUUAUUGUUUAUGUUUAUAAAUAUCUUUAUUGUUUUGACAACUAUAAGCUUUGGCUUUGUCCUGGCUUUCAGAAUGCUUAUAAAUACAACCAAGUCUAACCUAUAUGAAUCAGUUGACACAGUUGAACUUUAUUAAAAAAUAAAUUUUGAAUAAAACCAUAAAAGCAAGGUCUUU